ACCGAUUUCGGUACACUCGAUAUUUUUUUCGAACAGAAAGUACAACACUGUGCUGGCACUACCGCUGCUUUUGAAUCAAAAUCCUGAAACAUUUUUGUUUUGUUAUAAUUUUCUCCUUAUAAGUCUACGCAAAUGAGAAAAUAGCUCUUUUAUAUUUUUGUUUAAAUUAGCAGUGUCUUUUAAAAAGAGGCAUGCAAAGUUCAAGGUCAUUCAGUGAAUUGCAAGGAGAUCAUAAUUACGUAGCAACGCUUAACUUGCGUCGAACUCGCUCCACUUCCAGUGAUGACUCCAGUAUUGAAUUCAAUAAUCCGUCUAGGCGGAGAGCACGACGAACACGAGGCCGCUUAGGAGAUACUGAUCAUGAUUAUAUUGGUCUACGAGCUUUAAGUGAAGAAGAUGGAGAUGUCGACGCUGAAGCUGAAGCUCAUGUCGAUCAUAAUAAUGAAAAUAUUGAGGAAGCGCAUGUAGACUAUGAUGGAGAGGGAAAUAAUGCUAAUGAAAAUGACGCAGAUGAAGAAUCUGUUAAUAAUACUGCAGAGGAAGCACGAGAAAUCCUUAGAGCCGAAUUGGCACAGGGUCCACAGUUGGGUGUUGAAAGACAAGAAAAUGCUGAGCCAACGCCACCUGAUCCAGCCUUAGCAGAAAACAACGAUGGAGCGGCCUCAGCUGUCUUCACCGUGCCCAACAACCAAGCAUCAACAGUGGAUUUAGUAUCACCGUCACCACCUAAAAAGCGCAAGAGACAUAGUUUAGGUACCCCAAAGUCAAACACGCCACGAAUAAAAACAAAAAGUGGCAGCGGUGAUGAAGGUGACGAGGAAGAUGAGGGCAUGAUAUGCCCUAUUUGCCUCGAUAACUGGGAAAUGUCUGGUGAACAUCGUCUGGUGUCCCUUCGUUGCGGACAUCUCUUUGGUGAUUCAUGUAUACGCCGCUGGUUGGCUGAGAGUGCACGGCAGUCGGGCAUUAAGGCGUGUCCCCAAUGCAAAGCAAAAGCUACAAAUCGUGAUAUACGCUGUUUAUAUGCCAAACGGUUAAGAGCCAUUGAUCGUAGCGAAGAACAUCGUCUACGUGAUCAGUUGGAAGAGGAGCGUAGACGCGCACAGUCACUGCAGACUGAAGUAGCGGCGUUAAAAAUAACACACAAAAUGGUUACAGUGGAAAUGCAAACGCUCCAGGCCGAGAAUGAUCGCUUGAAGCAAAUGUUACGCGAUGGUAAUAAUUUCUCCUACAAUACUGGCGCUUCGGAUGCCUAUAAAUUGUCCACAGCACAGAUGCACCGACUUUACCUCGAACAUACUAUUGAAUUGACACGUGAGCCGGGUUGUCGUGUACUAAUACAUGCCGAUCAACAUUCGUCAAUUUUGGCAUCACAGAAAAGUGCACAAGGUCUUUUUCCUGGUUAUGGCGUGCGCUUCAUCGAUGUGCCUACGUUACGUACCUCAACAUUCCUACACGCUUCAUCGAAGUUAUUGAGAGACAUUUGCUUGAGCGCUGAUCAACAACAGCUCGCUGUGGCGAGUAUGGAGACUCGUUCAAAGCUGUUCGAUUUACGCACUCGCCAAGUGGUUUCCAUUUUCGAACCAUGUGAGAAAACGCUGUGGGCCUGUGCAAUAGAUCGCAAAGAACGAGAUAAUAUACUUUAUCUAGGUGGCUCCAAUGGCAGCACGUAUACCUACGAUAUGCGUUUCUCCGAGAAUAUUUUGGAGGAAUACAAAGCGGAAGGUGAUAUGAGCACUGUGAUUAAUGUGGCUUGCGUAUAUCCGUGUAAUAAUUUCCCGCACGGGGGUUUUCUCGUCUGCAAACUACAAUCGCUGUGGUUUUAUGAAUACACGAGUGCCGACAGUAUAACUAUACCUACGCGACUCAAUCUAGAGGGCCCCUUCAGUUCAAUGCAAUUCGAUGCUGCAAACGAAACACUUCUGGUAUCUGCGCGUUGCAGCGUACGCCAUCCACAAUCGCGUUACAUUGUUGGACGUUUGGAGAAGUUGGAUGGUACAACUGUGCUCAAUAUAAAGGUGACCUUCCAUGGUUCCAAAGCUACACCAGUAAUGACUCGUUGUACUCAAGUUGCGGUUGAAGCGAACACGCUGGUAGCCGGCUACAUACAAGAUAUUAAACAGCUGGCAUUGUAUGAUGUGUGUAGGGAAAAGCGCAUUCAAACUAUGCCUGCGCAGGAAGUACUCUACGACAUGUGCCCCGUUUAUACCAGCAAGUCCACAUAUCUGGCCGGACUCUCGGAAACUAAAUGUCGUAUUUACAAGCUGACUUCAACGACCUGAUAGUGUAUCGACGAUAAGUAGUCCUUAAUUAGUUUAGCAUACAAUUGAUAUUUAAUCUUAUUUAGGUGUUCUGUACUUUUAUCAUGCCAAUUUAUUUCAUUUUAGAUAUUUGUUUUAUUAUUUGGCAUAUAAAUAUCGCAAAUAUUUAACCAAAAUUUUCCUUAAAAAUAUUCAUAUUCACCGACAUACUUACAUGUGCUGAACGCAUUGACUCACUAUAUACCCUUCAUACUCGUGGCAGUCGGUGCAGCGACGAAAUGAUAUUUGUAAUCAUUAUGUUUAUAUAAGGCUAAAGCGAAGAAAGUCAUGUACGUGUACUUCAAAAACGAUCUUCUUCAAAAUGGUAAUAAAAUUUUGCUCUGACUGAAUGUUAAUAUAAAAA